AGCCGGCUCCCGUCGCCCAGAAGUUCAUACUGGCCGGUUGGGCGGCUGGGCUGGCUAGCACCAGGUGGCCCGCCAGCCUUCCACCCGGUCUACCCACUGGACAAUUCUGUAGGCCACUGGCACUAGCGCCCGGGGCCAGCGCCCAGGGCGUGGAGCCGAAGGGAGCUUGCGAGGCGCCUUCUGUUUACCUUUUAUGGUUAAAAUAACAGCUUAGCAAAGAAGCGACUUCACGAAGAAGCGAUUUAGUGAAAUCGUCUCAAGCUGCCGCAGCUCAGCCAGUUUAAUCACCCCCAGAGAGCUGAACAACUGCGAGCACAAUGGGACACAAAAUCAUUUUCAGUGGUCUCGGGAAAAGGGUCGUUGUCCAGCACAGAUGCGUUUGUCCGAGGGAGCACUGGAGAUUCGGGUCAAGGCGUAACGCCUGGGGCUUCCAAUGAUACUCUGGGCAGCCAUGGAAGCCUAGAUGCCUCACCGGAAGGAGCGGCCGAGUGGGUCCUCGCUUCACGCACACGGCAGUACCGGCACCGCGGAGGGAGGAAAUAUGUCCCGGCUGUCUCUCACCCGGUCGCCUGUGUCUCCCCUGGCUGCCCAGGGGAUCCCACUGCCAGCUCAGCUUACCAAGUCCAACGCACCUGUGCACAUCGAUGUGGGCGGCCAUAUGUACACCAGCAGCCUGGCCACACUGACCAAGUACCCUGACUCCAGAAUAAGCCGCCUCUUCAAUGGCACUGAACCCAUUGUUCUGGACAGUUUGAAGCAACAUUAUUUCAUCGACCGGGAUGGGGAGAUUUUCCGCUAUGUCCUGAGCUUCCUGAGGACAUCAAAACUGCUGCUCCCGGAUGACUUCAAGGACUUCAGCCUGCUGUAUGAAGAGGCCCGGUACUACCAGCUGCAGCCCAUGGUGCGUGAGCUGGAGCGCUGGCAGCAGGAACAGGAGCAGCGUCGCCGCAGCCGGGCCUGCGACUGCCUGGUGGUGCGCGUCACGCCUGACCUGGGGGAGCGCAUCGCGCUCAGCGGAGAGAAGGCUCUCAUCGAAGAGGUCUUCCCUGAGACUGGGGACGUCAUGUGCAACUCGGUCAACGCCGGCUGGAACCAGGACCCCACGCAUGUCAUCCGCUUCCCGCUCAACGGCUACUGCCGGCUCAACUCCGUGCAGGUCCUGGAGAGGCUGUUCCAGAGGGGUUUCAGCGUGGCUGCGUCCUGCGGGGGUGGUGUGGACUCUUCCCAGUUCAGCGAGUAUGUGCUUUGCCGGGAGGAGCGGCGACCGCAGCCCACCCCCACUGCCGUCCGGAUAAAGCAGGAGCCCCUGGACUAGGCGCUGCCUCAGUGCUCAUCUGAGGCCUCUCAACCCUGGGUCACCCCCAGAGACCUGGAAACAGUUCUGGGGAGUCCUGCCUUUGUGUGCUUAGCAGUGGGGCUGGAGGGCUUCCGCCCAGGGAGCACCAGGGCCCCGGGUGUCAUGGCAACAGAAAUGUGGGAUGCUGGAGGCGUGUCCACUGAAGGAGUGUUGAUGUGACCUAGAGAUGCUGUGGCUGGAACUCCAGUGUCCACUCUCCGAGCCCCUGGGCUCCCCAGCCCGGUACAGUGACCUCUGAGGCUCAGGGACCUGCCCAGGCAGGGUUAGCAGAGGCAUCCCCAGCCACUCCGGAGCAGCCGAUCAUCCUUCUCCACUCACGGCAGACUCUCACAGGUCUCCUGGCUUCAGAGAUGGCUUAUUUUUCUACAGUAUUUAAAAAUGGAAGUAACUGUCACUGCACAAGUCAAAGAGGCCGACAAGGACCAAGCCUUCUUUAUCUGGUGCUCAGUUCUCAGUUGAACGUGCAGCAAGCCUGCAUGGUGGAUGAGCUGCAGGGUGCUCAGGCCCAGCUGGGGCUCUGGGGACAGAUGCGGCAAGGACAGUGCUGCAGAAGCAGAGCCCCCAGGGGGCAGGCUGUUGGGAGGAGGGCUAUGGGGGCUGGGUGGCUCUUGACCUAUCUUAGACCCUCUCCUUUGCUGCUGUACUUGGUAGGUCACCUGACCUACCCAUGCCCAGGGGCUUCCCAUCCCAUCUGCAUGUACUUACCUGGGUCCCUAGAGAAGUCUCUCACCAUCCAGACCAGCCAUGGGGCUGCACCUUACCUCAGGAAUGGGCCUCAUUACAAAGAAGCCCAUCUGUCAGCAGCAUCCUCUGGGUCCCCAGCUCAGGGAGCCACCCCCAGCUCCAGUUUUUCCACACUAAUAUGCACACUUGAGUUUUCAUUAAACUCGUUAUGCUAGCCUGCCUGUGAGACCUGGACACAGGUAUAUCUAGUGCUCUUGACCCCAGGUUCCAGUGAGGACUGGCCCCAAGAGGGCCCAACCUGCUGCCUCCCAUAUAGGCCCAAAGAUGGACACCCCCCGGCCUUGCCACACUUCCCCAUGUGCUGGCUCCUCCCAAGGGGAGAAACUGCAGAGAACUGGUGGGUGGGGUGCCCCCCUUGGCACUACCCUGUGUAUAAUGCCUGUAGACUUGUAUAUGACUCCUUUAAUAUUGUAAAGAUGCUGAUGUACAAUUGUCUUGUUUGUGUAAACACAUUACGUUCUAGUUCAUGCCAUAAAUGAUGCUAUCAA